AAGUCUUUUAGACUAACCAAAUGAUGGAAUUCAGGGGUUUGUUACCACCAGUGUGUCGUCUCAACUGAUGGCGAAAGAAGGUUGCACGUGACCUGUUGGCCACCACUCUUCGCGAUGGUCAGCACCACCUCCUGAACUGUCAACCCUUUCCAGUGCUAUGGGACUGCUGCACGUUGCUUGUGAGUGAUUCCCGCGACACCCUUGAAUAUUUCGGCCAACCAGAACGGCUAGCAAAGAUAUCCCGUACACAGUCUCAGCGUCGGAUACCCCCCAUCAGCAAUUUUCACUUCUCUUGCACGCAGGCAGUUGGAGCGAUGCCUACGUCUCCGACACCCACUACGGCCCCACUUCCGGGUCCCGAAGUCCCGAAGCUCCGAUCCUCCUGCAAUGGUUGCGGGACUGCAAAGGUCAAAUGUGAUCGCGGUCAGCCCGAAUGCGCUCGUUGUGUUGCACUUAACCUGACUUGCGUCUAUGGACGAUCUCGCCAAUUUGGUAAACCACCGCGGAAGCGCCCUGGUGCCAAACUCGACGAGAGUACUGGCUUAUCACAGAAGAAGCGGGCGAUAUGGACUCCUGGGAUUUGCGAUAACCCUCCCACUAUUGGGUUCGGGCAGUCUCAAAGUAUCAACGAACCCGAGCACCUCAAUUUCUCGGACAUGGUAACCGAUAUACUGCCAAUGCCUUCCGGGAUCAGUCCUACGUUGAACAUCGAUGAGCAGAAACAGCUGGGCCCGGCUCUGUUUAUGCCCAUGUCCUUUGAUGAGUGGCCUCAACUCGACAUAUUGGGUGCAGGUCUAGAUAUUCCCUGCAUGCCACAAGCUUCCGCUCCAGACAUUCGUCUCUCGGCUUCCGCAUUAGAACCUGUCGGCACUACUAGGGCGAGGUCCAAUAGCCACGAGUCCCACAGCUGCCCUCGGGAGUCAUACGAGAUCCUGGCGGACUUGAUCUGUCCCAGUCCUACUCUCCACGCACCAGUAGCAAACUCGGUUACGGUCUCAACGCAAUUCGACCACGUGCUUCAUUUCACUAAAACUGCCAUCAGCCGCCUUAGCCGGGUUCUAAAAUGCCCCUGCGCCAAGUCCGGGCAUCGGGCCAUGGUUCAUGCUUCCAUUAUUUCCCGCAUAUUAAUAUGGUACCAGCAGGCGUCGGGGUGGACUGAAAACAAUUCUUGUGGUCCUGGGACUUCAGCAUUGGCCGGUUCAUCAACCUCUCACAGGUCAUCCUCGUCCUCACCCGGGACAGCAGCUGGGACAAGUGCGACGAGUCAGCCGACGUUUCCUCAAUCCACCGGCUUUGCUGUCACAGACGUGCCUCUUUCGGUAGGGACAUUCAGUAUCGAGGACCAGAGUUUGCAGGCCGCCUUCAGAAACCAGCUGGUCUUGAGUGAGCUCAAGAAGGCAGCAACCUUGAUUGACCUCUUCGCCUCGCAGGACUCUGGCGAAUCGUGUGCUAGUGGUGUGGCUGGUUUGUGCUCGUAUCUGGGAGCGUGGCUCAGAAGUGAGCAUUCAAAGAUAGUCAGAAUCUUGAGGUCGAGGCUGAGUGCGCUGAAUGAGGAUCUUGAUUCUUAAUCAACGCAACUUUGUGCAUGUUUCAUACGGUUUGAGUAUAUAUACCUAAUAGAUCUG